AUUUUAAAAGAACCAAGUUUUCAUUAAAAUCGUAUUAAGAAAACGGUAUUUAUUUUAUGAAAUAGGGAAAUAUUUGUAGUUAAGAAAAUCCCUGAAUGAUCGGCACCAAUUGGCAAAAGUUGAACCUUUUAAAAGGAACAACUUUACAUAGCAUUCUGAGUGUUGAUUUUCUGUUUAGAGAGAAAGAAAGAAAGAAAGAAAGAAGGAAGGUUGAGGAAACCAUGAAUCCAUCGGUGGAGGAUUUGAUCAGAGAAAGGGUUUACAGUUGCCAUAAUUGCAGGAAUCAAAUAUCAAGACACGAUGACAUAAUUUCAAAAGGGUUUCAGUCGGUGAAAGGAAGAGCGUUCUUGUUCUAUGAAGCAAAGAAUGUUAGAGAGGGAGCUGAAGAAAACAAGAUGUUAAUAACUGGAAACUACAAAGUACGUGAUUUGUAUUGUAAUGAGUGUGGACAACUAUUGGGUUGGAAAUACAUCAAGGCUUAUAAUGUUACACAGAAGUACAAAGAAGGCAAGGUGGUUUUGGAGAAGUUCAAGAUCACCCCUGCUUCUUCCUAAAAUUGCUUUCUUUUACUUUCUUUCUUCCCUUUCUUGUUUGUACAAACAUUUUCUCAUUAUGCUAUUCAAUCUAUUUCCAAUACUAUGCAAUUCACCCUUUUGCAAGCAA